GUGUAGCAAAGUUCCAUGUACUUGACACAGUAAUUGAUUUGGAUUCUUUUUUUCCUAUUAUUCAUGAAUUCUUCUAAUUAAUCAUUAAAAAUAUCUUGAUGGGAGUUACCGUUGAACAUUUGAUGUACCUGGCAAACUUUUUUGCACCGUAGGUGCCUUUUGUGGGAUUUCAUAACUUUUUGUAUGUUCUCAAAAAAUAUUGCAGUCUUGAUUACGGUUUCUUUAGUAUCCUAUUGUAGUAGGAUGAUCAUCGGGUCAGGAAACAUUCAGUUACUACCACAUCUGACAAUGAGUUAAGCAAUUAUCAAAAGAUUCCGUAAAGUACUAUGCGUUUCUAUUCCAACGAUUAGUUACUCUGUAGGUUGAGUUCAUAUACAUCAGAUCAUGUGUCCAAUUUAAAUAAAGGCUUCAUAGCUGCUAUUUUGCGAAUUGGCUUACACGGUUUUUCGGUUCACUAGGUGUAUUUGUGCAAUUAUAUUACAAGUCACCAGGCGCAGUAUCCUUGGAUCAUUUGUUUGACGGAAUGGAUCUGGAUUCCAAGCUGCAUCUUAUCAACGUUUGACAACAUACCAAGGGAGAGAUCAGUUCUUUUUGGGUAACUUGGUAGUAAGCGUCCAAUUGAGCCGCAUCAGUUAGCUUGAUUUGUGAUACCAAAACAGAAGAUGAUACUUCUUUCAUAAUCCGUAUGAUUGUGGGUGAGAGGAGAGCGUUAGUCAUAAUGAAUUCGUACGGUGAGUAUGAACUAAAAUAAAACAAUUAUGGUUGACUUAAAAACAACUGCUAAGCAGAUGACCAGGUUUCAGUCUGGCUGCAGAUUAUACCGAAGGGUAACGUAGAGAUUUUUAAACUUCAUACAUUUGAUUCACUUCAACUUCAGUUUAUUUGUUUAAGAAAGCAGGAAUUUUUGGUUUGUGGUAUUGGAAUUGAAACUGAUACGUCCUUCAAUGUAUGCUUAAAUGAGAGAAGGUGAAGUUAAACUUCAUGAAUCAGUAUACUUGGUAUGACGAAGGGCAUAGAUUGUAGUUGGCUCAGAAAUGAUUGCUAGACAGGUGACCUGGACAUGAUUGGGCUGCAGUUCGUACAGCAAUAAAUGUUGAAUUGAAAUCAUUUUCAUCUUCGCGAUCUCUGCUGAUUACAAUUACCGAUGAUUCAACGAGUUCCCUCCUUGUAACCUCAUACACGGUCAGUGCGCUGGCGAGUGCAUGUUCGAUGAUAUUCUGAUUAUCGAUAGGGAUGAAAAAGAAUCGCUGUGCGGUGGCAAACUCUGUAAAGAAAUAAAACCGGCUACGCUGACGCCACCUGCUAGGCGAGCGUAUAAUUUUCUUGCUACUUGGUAAAAAUAUGCCGCAAGCCAGAGCAGUGACCAGUCCAAACCGAGGCUUCCCUUCUAUACUAUUUUAUGUUGGAAUGGUUUUGGAUUCUGAGAGCUAUGUUGAUGACGACGGUGACAAAUCUGAACAAGCCUGCCGGUGGUCAGAGAUCAUCGUAUCUAGACUCUCCGACUACCGAUUCCAUUGAAAUUGGGCUUGAAUGGAAGCUCGCCCCCGAUUUAUAUGAUUGUUAAACGUUUCAAUACGAUGGGAGACCUGAGCUCUGCAGCCCGACGGCCAGUCGUCCAGCAGUCGAAGCGACUAGAUGAAGAGACCAGGCUCAACAUUUACCUAGCCUUUGAGGAAGGAAGUCAGUCAGCGUCGAAGGUCGCCCAAGAGUUCGGAGUCUCUAAGUCGUCGGUGCUGAAUAUUUUGCAUGAAGCGGGUUACCGAUCAUAUAAGUUCCACCGUCACCAGGAACGUAUGCAUCAUGACGCAGAAAGUCGUAUGGCUUUCUGUGGGCAAAUGAUCGAAGAGCUGAUUGCCAAUGAGGGACUACCCAGCAGGAUCUGUUUCACAGACGAGAGUACUGUGUUGCUACGUGGGAGGCCAAAUCGGCAAAACGUUCGAGUUUGGUCUGCCAGCAACCCUCAUUUGGUAGUUUAGACAGCCACACAAUACGCGCAGAAACUUAAUGUUUGGCUCGGCGUGCUUGAGGACCGUCUCAUCGGGCUCUUCUUCCUAGAUGAAAACCUCAAUGGCGAAUGGUAUCUUCGUCUACUCGAGGAGAACAUUAUCCCUGCCUUAAGAGCAGUGUAUGGUGAGGCGGUGAGCGUAAUCACUUCAGAAUAUAUUAAUUAAUGCAGUUCAAUUUUGAUCAACAUCAUUCAGAAUGUGUAAUACAAAACUUUGUUCUGCACCAGGAACCCAUCUGGUUCCAGCAGGAUGGUGCCCCCUCUGCACUACACAGCUGCCGUCAGAGCCUAUCUUGAUAGGCAAUUUCCGGGACGAUGGGUCUGCAAGGGGGGGUCCAGUCGCGUGGCCAGCUCUUUCACCAUGUAUGUUACGGUAAAUGUACAAUCUUGGGAAAUAUACACUUUUACCGUAAAAUGUGUACAUUUACCAAAAAGUUAGGUAUAUGUGAACUGAAUAUAAUGUACACAUACUGUACAUUCCCCGGCAAAUUUGUAGUCUUGCCUUCAUGUUUCGGUA